GUCUUGACGUGUGGGCCGGCCACGACUUCCCCAUGGUAUUCGCUCUCUCCGUGGGAGGGUCCUUCAUCUCGUACAUCUACUCGGCGCCGCCGAUCAAGCUGAAGCAGAACGGUUGGUUGGGCAACUAUGCCCUAGGUUCGUCUUACAUCUCGCUGCCGUGGUGGUGCGGGCAGGCUAUGUUCGGAGAGCUAAACAUCCAGGCGAGAGCUCACCUAGACAUGUCGAACGUGUCUGCCGGGGAGAUGGGUCUCCAGUCGCUUCCCGUGGCAUUUGGGGUGGAGAAGGCCAAGUGGUUGUGCGUGGGCUCCAUCGACGCCACGCAGCUGGGCAUCGCUGCGUGGCUGUACUAUAUCGGAGAGCCGACGUACGCGGCCAUCCUGACCGCGCUCGUCUUGCCGCAAGUGUUCGCGCAGUUCAAGUACUUCUUGCCCGAUCCCGUCGGGAAUGACGUCAAGUACCAGGCGACGGCCCAGCCCUUCCUGGUGUUCGGCAUCCUCACGACCGCUUUGGCCGUGGGACAUCACACCUUCUAGAGACAGACUGCCGGAGAUAGCACAGGCCAACUAAAUAGUAGACCGUAGAGUUGGCGCGGCUAAUCUAUUCGUUUGUGUUCACUUUGGUUGUUCGCGUCACCUGGUACUGGUUUCUAGAGUUUGAACGAACGAACCUUGGCUUGAUAUAGCGCAGGGUUGUAUUUGUCGCCAUCUGCAGCAUUCGAGUAUCAGAAUAGAUAUUACACGUCCUUGCUGUUUAGUUUUU